AUAUUGCCAUUAGGUACUUGAGGAAUAUGUUUCCGUGAUGUCGUGUGAUUGUAAAGAGGAACAGAAAAAAGGGAGGGAAGGAAUAUCACGCACCUAUUAUGGAUACUACGACACGCCUGAAGGGUGUAAUAUUGACAAAAAGAUGAUGAGCCUGGCUCGAUACGGGGCUGCCAUCGGAGCCAUCAUUUCAACGUACGAUGUUCUGAUGUACUCUAGAGCUGUCGGUUUUAUACCUAUGCUUAAACGAUACAUGUUUCACUCGGGGUCGCUGAUGCUGAUGGGAGCCACAUUCGCUGCAGUGGCGAACGGAGCGCUGCUGUUCAGGAAGAAGGACGACCAUCUCAACUAUUUCCUAGGUGGGUUCGCGUGUGGGCCCAUCAUGGCGUAUUACUUCGGCACCAACCACAUGUACGUGGUGGGGGGUCUGUUCGCCGGAGCCGUCGCGGCCGUCCAGAAGGAGGCCCUGGUACAUGGACACCAGCUGGUGCCGCAUGUACAAGGUCACAUGGGGCUUGUCAACAGCUGGAGAAACGACUUCACCUUGUUAGCGGAUCCAAGAGACGAAAUGCAACACACGUGCGACAAGAAGAAUUAACUUUAACAAUUAAGAGUGUAUUAAUGUCACUUUUUUUCUUCUAUUUAUUCAUUCUGUCAUAAUCUCAAUAGAAGGAGAUUUCAUAACAAUACUUUUUAUUUAACACGGUAAGCAUGUGGCCACCUCAUGUAAAGUAAUACUAGUGACAACAUGAACUGAAUCGUACCGCAAACACCUAUAUAGUAUCGUACCUCGAAGAUAUAUCAACAUCGCAAACAACACUGCGUCUCAUGGGUUCAUAUGAGUCAGUGGAUGUCUUGAACUACACCGGAACCCACAGGCGUGUCACUCGGCACUUUAGAGCGAAAUCAUUACUACCGGCGAUUGGGAUCCUCGAUGCAGGCUCUCGGUCGGUUCACUAAUGGCUAUUCCCAAUAUUCAGUCUAUCUCCGGUUGUGGCCUACGUGAGAUAAAAAAUUGUAACUAUCGUUGACUUUUCUGUCCCAAUAAACUUAUCGAAGGUAACUCAUCUUAUCCGUACACGCUGUCUAUCAAUGGGACGACGUAUAGCUUACCAGGGAUACAAGUUUGUUUGGAAAUUGCAACAGUGAACUGGCGAUAAGAAUGACUUAUCGGGUAUAUUGGGGCAGCUACAGAUUAUUGACAGCUGAUUACUAACAGUAGAAGGUAGUAAUUUAUCUCUAUCUGUAGAUAGUAUAUUGGGAACGGCCGUGAGUAACAAUUAGUCGGAAAAAGUCUUCUCGCAUAAAGUCUGUAUACACUUGUAAUAAAAUCUCUUUGACUGACCUGUUUGUAUCUGCCAGGUUUUGAUAAUAUUAAAAAGGUUACA